AUGAAGUUCUACUUUGUUAUCCUGCUUUACGCUUCUUUAGAAUCUUUCCACGCGGCUAAUGCAAAGAAAGAUCUUUCCUCAGAGUUUACGAACUCAGCCGCCUUGGACGAAGUUCAGAAAGUAACAUUGUACUGGAGUGUGGACUGGAAGGCUAGAUCAAUUUCCUUUGCAGUGGAAGCACAAACCACUGGAUGGGUUGGCUUUGGGAUUUCAAGCGGCCGAGGGCAAAUGAUAGGAGCGGACAUCGUAAUUGGAGGAGUUACAGAUGAUGGAAAUCAAUAUUUUACGGUAGGAUAUAUAGGACUUGCGAGCCCGCUUUUCACUUAUUCCUUGCCAGAAAUACAAGCUCCUAAGACCUCAACAACGUAGGAUCCCUUGGGGGUUCCUGUACAGACGCAAGCUUCGGGCUUAUCUCUUGGUACCUUUGUGGUUCACCACAGGUAGCCCAAGUUCACAAGUGAAAAUCCUUAUUGGACGACAAAUUAUAAGUUUAUGAGAAUUUUAGCGAUCGCUCUUUACAACUACGAAAGAGUAACUGAAGAAUACAUCAGAACUGCUGACAUUGUCUCCACGGGUUAGAGGGUAGAGACAGCUGACAUUUUAGACUACUUGUUUCCUCGUUAUAUGUAUGUUAUACAUUAUUGGUAUUUGGGGCCGUUUCAAGGUGAUUUUUGGUCAGUUUCAGACCUGCCAUUACGAUUAUUCAGUAUCAAUAUAUCAUUUCCCGGAAAGUGUUAUGCAAUAGCGACUCGCACACGUGAGCUUGGUGUUCAGUCAGGUAAAGAAGAGGUAUCGUUACCACAAACACGACGCAACAAGCGACCAAUGAUCGAGAACACACAGAAGGGAUGAAACCGUAUUUAAACCUGAUACAGAAUUCAUGAAUGAACCCCUAAUAAAUGAGUGGAGUGAUUCAAGAUGAGUCAAUAGAGAUAUCGUGUGUAACUAAAUAUUUGUAUUUCUAUUUUAUUUUUACUCCAUCCUAUUGAUAAUAUCUUAGUUGUACAAUAUCAAUUAGUACAAGGUUGAUUAAACUACGUGUACAUAAUAAAAAAAAGGAAAGUUAGAAUGGAGAAGGGCACAUAAUAGAAAACUAAUUAUGGCCCUUAAACGGGAUUGACUUUAUUCUAAUGUAGCUUUGUUGUUCAUUAAAACACAAACACGCACGCACGCACGCACGCACGCACGCACGCACACAAGUCAAUAUUGAGCAAGAUAAUAUUUUUUAAGGUCCUUUUUGAACAGGAAUUUCGAUGAUUUAUUGCGAAUAGAAAGGGGGAGAUCGUUCCAAUAGUAUUUUCCAAUAACGGCAGGGCAAAACUUUCGAAUAUUAAUUAUUGAAUGGGGAAUGUGUAAUUGCUGAGCAGAUGCACUUCGUGUAAAAUAACUAUGUUGCUCAUAUACAAGAAAUAAUGGAAAAUUACAUGGCUUAUUAUCAGAGACAUAAUCAUAUAAAAACAAACAAUUGUAAAUUUUAACAAUAUCACGAAAUUUUAAUAAACCUAGAGGAACAUAAUGAGGAGUGAUAUGAUCUUGUAAAGGAACGUCAUUGAUUAUUCUAACUGCUUUAUUUUGUAGAAGUAUGAGCUGUGAUAAUGGAUUAUCAUAAUUAUUUCCCCACAAUAAGCAACCAUAUAUGAGAUAUGGGUAAUCAAGAGAAUAGUAAAUACUAGUUAAACAUUGAUUUCCUAGAUAACUGUUUAUCUUUGUCAUAAUAUUAAUACUCUUACUGACAUUAUCACAAACAUAGUCGAUAUGGUCAUGCCAGGAUAGGUGGAUGUCAUAUAUCGUUACCUAAGUAUUUAAUUUUGGAUACUUGCUCUAAGCAUUGGCCAGCUAUCCGUAGAUCGAAAACUCCAACAUUGUAUGUUUUUCUUUCUUUUUCUUUUCUUUUCUUUUUUUCAAUAGGACCGAUUUGCGUCUUCUUACAGUACUCCGGAAUUAGACUCGUCCCAGGAUUACAAGCUUAUUUCCCUGACAGAAACUGGCGGCAAAACAACCAUGAAGUUUGAACGCAAAUUUGAUACCUGCGACGACAAGGACAACAAAAUUGAGGUACGGCUUCUUAGCAUCAACCACAAGGAUCCAACGUGAAGAGGACCUCUGUCAAUUUCUCAAACUGUUUGAAAAAAUGCUAAACUUGCCUUUUUACUCUUUAGGAGGGAACAUCCAAGGUCAUUUUUGCUUAUAAUGACGCAGACCCGACGUCAUCAGGUGCUUUUCUAAAGCAUACGUAUAAAGGGUCCCGAAGCGUGAUGUUACUGAACACUGGAGGCAAAACACCUAAACUACCUCCAAACAUAAAAUACCUUGAUAUACUCAACAAUGAGGUAAGAGCUAAUAGUACUCUUUUCUGUAGACAUAUCAAAUUCUGCAAGCAGAAUACUGUAAUGCUGAUCGUACUAAGUGAAAAUUAACUCUGAAAGACAUCAACACGACACCGAAAGAACUCAAAACAGAGCGGAAUUGUAGUCAUAGGAAGCUGUUUCGCCCUUUUUGGGGCUCGUCAGUAUGGCGCAACAACCAGAGAAAGCUAUGAUGAAAAAUAUCCGCGCAUUCUGAUUUAAGCCCUGACCUAGAACUCUCAACAACCACAGAAUCACGCCAUACUACGUGUCUUCUGGGGGCAGGAGUCCAAGUGUCAAGUUGAUGUCUCGCAGAGAAAAUAAAGGGGAGGCCAAAAUCAACCUCUAAAACAUGGACAGAACCAUGCAAGAAUUACAGCAUAUCGGAUAUAUAAAAGAUACUCUUUUCUGUAUUCACUCUUGUUUAUUCAUAAAGUAUGAGUCGUGUAGAUUAAAUAACCGCUUUUAUAACUUUUAAAAUCAGUCUUGUUUAUUAUUGCAAAGCAGUGCACAGCUAUACCCCAAAGGCAGAAAACGAUAGUUUCAUGUAGUAUUCCGCCCGUCGUAGUGGACUCAGCCUCGUCCCCACAGUAGUCUCGUUGUCUAAUAAGGCAGCCGAGAAGCCCCUGGGAACAAGGUUGUCUUAGACCCGCUUUCAGCUUAACCCUAAGUAAGUCCCAAUAGUGACCAACACUAAUUUUCUCCUAACAAUAUCCAUAUGUUGCCAAGAGAAAUGGUUCUGAGAGUUAAUAAAAUGAUCACUAAAGGGAAAAUGCAUUGUUCUGUUAUCAAGCUCUCUCAACUUAUUCUUUAAAGAAAUGUAUGAAGAUCAGAAUUUAUAAAUGGAUAUAUUGGGGCUUAAAGAGUAGAGAGAGUAAAGAAUAAAUUGAAAUGGUGCCUUUUAAGCGAAUAACUAUUUAUAGUUGUCAAAACACUAAAAGGUUCUCUUUUAUCAUUAGACCAAAGUUCCAGGAAACAAAACAGUGUACUGGUGCAACGUUUUUGAAAUCCCCAGGAUGGAAAAAGCACAUCAUGUAAUCAAGGUAUUUGUCUUUAUCUUCUCGAUCUCGUAUUCCUUAUUUAGUGGCGUGAUAACAAGUUUCAUGUGCAAACAAAUUUGACUCCUGUUAACUUGCACCGGACAAAGAAAAUGAACUUGCACAAAUGCUCUUAGCAAUACGUAGCAACAAUUCAAAAACUGGAGAGUAAAUCUGGGGCAAAUUCGCAUUUACCAUAUUUGUCCCAGAUUUACUCCUCAGUUUUUGCAUUUUUGAAACGUAUUUACCAUGAGAAAAUUUGUGCAAAUCAACAAAUCAGCAAUUUCUAUGGUCUGUUUUCUUAUCGACCAUAGAAAUGAAGUCAAAUUGUUCAAAACUAAAGUGGAACCACGAGUCGCAGGCGAGUGGUUUCAUUGCAACGUGUGGAGCGUUUUGACGUCAUUUCUGUGGUCGAUAAAGAGUACAGACCAUGGAAAAUUGUUGUCGAUUUGUUUUUACAAGAACUUUAACAGUUUUUGACGUCCAUUUCCGUUGACGUUUCUCGAAAAAAUCGCGUGAGCAAGAAAGAAAAAACCAAUUGCGCCACCAUCACUGCAGCGUGCGAGAAAUCGCUCAGUUAUUCUAAAAUCCAGUUUUUUUCGUACAGUGUUUAUGGUGAUCCUGUGAAAAAAUGUUCAUUAAAAUUCCUUAACCGUUUCCCUUGUCUAGUCCUAAAGGUCGAAAAUCUAGAAAAUUCAGACAACAACGAAAGAAAAACUUUACGCCCCAAGUAAACAUGAGAAAUUGGCGCGAACAUUGCACUGGUUUCUCAAUUUUGAUUGGCUGCUUACAUCGUAGGAUUGCCUUGAUUCUCACUUUUCACUGGUUUAUCUCAGUGGGCUUUUAGCCCGCAAAAUGGGCCACCAUACCCGACAAAGUGAUAGUAAUAGAUACUAAAUGCGGAUAUUGUUAACAAGGCUUGACAGUUUCAUCUGGUUAAAAUGGUCAUUUCUUAAGAUGAGGUCUAUAGACAAUCAAGUUAGAACUACAUUUCGUGUUUUUAUAACAUUCUAUUGGAGUAAAUGCGUUUUACCUUUUCCUCAUUCCACUCCAGUGACCAAACGCAACGAAACGUGGCCGGCUGCGCUCUGGUUAGGAAAACUUCAAACGUGUCUCUGUUUUACAGAAAUGCGGUAAAGGGCUAUAUUUUUAAAGUAGUCGAAAAACACAAGGGUGUAUUGUUAAUUUACUUUUAAUAAUUUACUUGGUAAAUUAUUUUUCCAGGUAGAGCCUGUUGUUCAGAAAGGUCAUGAAGGACUAGUUCACCAUAUUUUGGUCUACGAAUGUUCCUAUGACUUCCCUACAGCCUUUCUAAAUCACUCUGGACACUGCUAUGGCAGAUCAACCCCACGGGCGAUCAUGAGGUGUGCUGGUCAGUCAACUGUGGCUGCUUGGGCCAUAGGAGGAGGGGUAAGAAUGGUAUACCCCCCCAAAAAAACAUCAUCAUCCCCACCCCUACCAUUAUUAUCAUCAUCAUCAUCAUUAUCAUCACCACCACCAUCACAGAGGCGAGUCGAUAUUACUAUAUUGCCAUAGAUAUUACGGUAGUUACUAACCAUUUAAUUAUACAGAUAGAUUUGAAGCUUUGCACGCUAAUUUUAUUUCGUCACACACGAGUAAACACUAACUCACUGGCACUCUACAGCCAUGAGAAAAUGGACUCAGAAUUAUUAGUAUUCGAUUCGUGAUAGGAAGACACCAAGGUAUCCUUAAAUCACUAAAAUGUAAUCCUCAACUUUGGUUUUACAGAGUUUCUACUACCCUGACCACGUGGGGUUGAAAAUCGGCACAGAUGAUACACCAAGAUAUGUUGUCAUGGAAACACAUUACGAUAACCCUCUGCAAAGAACUGGUGAGAGCCUCUUUAACCAUAAAAACGAUUGCAAAAAUUUCGGAGCCUGGGCAGAGUACAAUAAGAGUAGUUGUACUUGAGCCGAUUCACUAGUAGUAUUAAAUCAAUCCGGUCCAAUAGAAAAUCGUGUAUUGGCGGUGAAACGAUGAUAAUAAUACCCUUGAUAGCAGAUGACUGGUAAUUCAUUAAGCUUGCCUUUUAGCGUUUUACAGACAUCAAUGCCUAAGCAAUUCAUUCGUUAAAAAGUAGGAAAAAAGCGAUUUCACUCAACUGUCACUUGCACUUCCCUAAAGAGGACAGCUAUAGUUUUGUUGCCCCGCGGAUAUUCUUCAUACAGUCAUUUUGUUCUACUUUCAACGGGUCCUUCUCUUAGACAGACAGCAAGUGCCUGUCUUUUUUUAAAUUUUUGUUUCUUCUAAACUUUAGACUUCGUGGAUAGUUCAGGACUUCGUUUCUGGUACACGGAGCAAACUCGGAUGUAUGAUUCAGCCGUAAUAUUCAGCGGCUGGGAUGUCUCAUAUUUUAUGAUGAUACCACCAAAACAGAAAGAGUGGAAAAUCAGAGGGUACUGUCCAUCAGCCUGCACAAAGAAGGUUAGUUUACCGGACAAAUUCAACGUUUAAUUAUGAGUGCAUCUAAAACGAGAACCACCAAAAAAUAGAACAAACAAGCAAACAAAGAAAAACAUCCAUUGCUCAAAGAGAAAUAGAAAGUUGGUUACUUAUUCUUUGCGAACUCUGUGCACGUAAUUUGAUGAUAUAAUCCAUGCAUUUUAGAUACAAGAUAACAAGAUAACAAGUAGUAGUAGUAGUAGUAGUAGUAGUAGUAGUAGUAGUAGUAGUAGCAGUAGUAGUAGUAGUAGCAGUAGUAGCAGCAGCAGCAGCAGUAGUAGCAGUAGUAGUAGUAGUAGUAGUAGUAGUAGUAGUAGUAGUAGUAGUAGUAGUAGUAGUAGUAGUAGUAGUAGUAGUAGUAGUAGUAGUAGUAGUAGUAGUAGUAGUAGUAGUAGUAGUAGUAGUAGUAGUAGUAGUAGUAGUAGUAGUAGUAGUAGUAGUAGUAGUAGUAGUAGUAGUAGUAGUAGUAGUAGUAGUAAUAGUAGUAGUAAUAAUACUCAUAAAAAUAAUUCUUAUAAUGAUAACGAUAACGAGAUAAUGACUGGGUGAUAAGGAUAAUGAUGAUUCACCAUUCAUCAUAAUCACAUACAUUAUUUUAUACCUUGUAUAUGUUAUUGCCCCAGUGGUCCCAGUUGUUCAAAAGAUGGAUAUUACGCUCGGUCCACUCCGGCUAUCCACUGGAUAGAUCUCUAUCCAUUAAAUAGCGCAAUUGGUUUCCGUGAUGAUUAUCCGCUGGAUAGUGAUAGAUAUAUAAAUUAUAUAUAUAUUGAAUGGUGCUAUCCAGCUAUUGAACAACUGUGGCCGGUAUGUUAAUAAGGUAUGAUGUAUCACGCGCGAAUUCACGUGAGCAUUACUUGAGUAUCGUAGGUCUGGUCGUCGAUAAUCAUCAAUAUGUCAGAUUAACAACUUGACUUUCGAUGUUUUAGGGCCUGGAAAAGUCUCCACUGCCAGGAUAUAAAAUUAAAAUUUUUGCAGCCUUGCUUCAUACACAUUUAGCAGGUAAAAUCAGGGCUCCUGGCAGUCCUGGUAAAAUCUGUAUGAAAAUCAAGUUUAAGAGUUUAAUCAAUGUGUGAACGUCCAUAUAUGUGAAUCCAGAAACAAACCAUCUCUCUGAAUCUCUCUCUAGAAAUAUUUUUCUUUCAAAAGGAUCGCUUGUAAGACUUACUGAUAGUCAUUCAUUGAACGAGCUACUUCAUACACUUGCUUUUUUGUAUCAGCAACUGACGACGUAACGUCAUUUUAAUAUUUUUAUAUUCAUAUUCCAAGUAAAUAAUGGAACUGGGUUGAUAUCAAUAAAUGUUGCUAUACUUUCGUCGUGCCCGCCGACUAUGAAUAAUCUGUAUGCAUAAAAUGUGUUUUUAUUACAGGUAGAAAGGUACGAGUCCAUCAUCUUAGGAAUGGAAAAGAGCUCAAGCGAAUUGUUUAUGACAACCAUUACGACUUCAACUUCCAAGUAUGUACUUUGUGGUUGUGGAAAAAAAAUAGGAAAAGAAAAACUGGCUCCGUUAAUUAUCGUCAUAGCCUACAUCGGUGUAGCCGCACCCUCCCCCUGAGAAAGAAAUGCGGUAGGAGGGAGGAGAGGGUACGGCUAUAUUCAAGCUAUUGAAGAUGGUCGAGAUAGAAGAAUGGUUGAGCCUGGGUUACAUUUUAGGUUUAUGAUAUUGACCUCAUGGCUUCCUUUUUAAAUUUUAGGAAUACCAGAUGCUAAAAGAAGAGGUAGAGGUUUUUCCGGUAAGUGACAAAUUACUGAUUUGACUAUUUCAUCUUAUAAUUAAGAAAUACAGGAGCCUCAACACAUACAAUAUCAAAGCGGACGGACAAAUAAAAAAGGAACGAAUCCUCAAAAGUUCAUAGGGAAACCGCAAAAAUACUAAUAAAAGACUUUAAGAUAUCUUUGAACCUGUUUAACACAACUAAAUGUGCCCCGGGUGGUUUUCUCAGGCAAAAUGAACAAAAGCGUUUUGAUAAGAAUAAGAAUGCAGGGAUCGCUUAAGGUUGCGUUGCAUAUAUCUUUUCCUAAUCUCUUAUGUUCUAUUCCCAGGGUGAUGAAUUCAUGGUUACGUGCACUUACGAUUCGUCGGACAGAGAUAGCUUGACUUUUGUAAGUUUCAAAUCAAAAAGUAUGGAAGGAACUUAAGAGACUACACUCACUUGCGUAAAGUCUUGACACCCUCAGUCUCAACACGACAAAGCCUUACAGUAAAAAACAUCAUGAUCACUGAUUGAUGCUCCUAGAAAAAACAGAUCACAUGCAAUAACUUACAAAAUGAAUUAACAGUUAUUGGACGAGGUUGAGCAAAAUAUCGUGUUUUGUCAGUGGCGAACACAGUUGAACGACAGUGUGCACGAAAAGACCAUUAUUUGUGGGCAGUUAUUUGCUGAUCACGUUGUGGGCUCUCGACUAAUGAAAAGGAAGAAAAAUUCGCAUCGAAAGAUAAUGACGUUUCUUGUGCUUUUUGAGUAGCAGGCUAGUCGUCAUAGUUCGUCUUCAUUAGACCUAGACAAACUCCACCAGUCAUCAAGCCAAUCAAUGCAGAAUGUAGAAACCUAAAAAAAAGACCUUUUGUCGACAGUGAUAAGCACCAAGAGCACAAAGCUUUGCCCAAAGCACGGUGUUUUGCUUUUCAUUAACUCGUCUAGGCCAGCAAAUAAGUUAGCCAAUACAACUAAUUACGUUUUAACUAAUUAUUCUUUAGGGAGGUUUUCAGACGACGGACGAGAUGUGCGUUGCUUUUCUGAUGUAUUACCCAAGCGCUAAUUUUACGAAAUGUGCCAUUUUUGCUCGAGCUGCCGCAACGGGACUGUUUUCCAAAUAUUCACGGUAAGAGUUACAUUUUUCUCAAAGACAACGAAAAGAAGAAGGCGUCUGGCAUUUUUAUUGUUCGCACAAACCCCCUCUUUGGUCUUUAAUUCAGGUACCAUAGAAGGUAAUAACCGCCGGCGUAAAACGUCUUAAAGUUUUGACUGCCCUCUUAAUUUCUCAGUUUCAGUCCACUGAAACUCCCUUUCUCGGGCUUAGGCCAAUUUCUCGUAUAUUCUCGUAACUAUAGCACCGGUUUGUUGAGCCUAUUCAUUAAGUACUUUGUCAGACAGCCCAUGAAGAAAAAAAAAUAUUUCUACAAAUUUAUCAAAGCAAAUCUCAGCGAGUGGUUUGCAUUCUCGGUCAACGUUACCCUCUGAUGUCACAGAUCUUGAAGUGUUGCUCGCUUCGACACUUUUGGCGGACAACAGUUUUAUUGGUAGAUGUCACGCUACUUCAAAGUAACCAAUAAAAACGCGCGCUGUUGGGGGUAAGAAUCCAACCUCAAUGAAAUCCCAUACACCAGCUGUUUAAGGAGCGUUGCUAAAUAAACUAAAUGUGUUUUUUUUUUUACAUAGUUGUAUUUAUUAAGUUGCUUCCUUUCCCUUACCACAGGAAUGGAACACAUCAGAUCCCUUUCCCGCCAAAAAUAUGGACCAGUGAAAUGACACAAGAUCUGCGAGCAGCUUAUGACGCGGAUCUUGAACUUGAUGUGAGUUGCAAG